AUGGAGGACGGCUUGAGGCUGGGCCCGCGCAUUUGUGAGGGCGAUUGCGCCGUCCUGAAGCGGGACGAUGUCUUCAAAGCGGUACCCGUGCUACGGCGGAGAAGAAUUAUUUUUGAGAAGCAGUGGUUCUAUCUGGAUAAUGCCAUUGGGCAUAUUUAUGGAACUACAUUUGAAGUAACCAGUGGUGGAAACCUUCAGCCAAAGCAAGAGGUGGAAGAGACUGCCACAGAAACAAAAGAAGCAGGUACAGAUAAUCGUAACAUAGUUGACGAUGGAAAGUCUCAAAAACUGACUCAUGAUGACAUAAAGGCUUUGAAGGACAAGGGUAUUAAAGGACAGGAAAUAGUUCAGCAGUUAAUAGAGAACAGUACAACAUUCAGAGACAAAACAGAAUUUGCUCAAGAUAAAUACAUAAAGAAGAAGAAAAAAAAAUACGAGGCAGUUAUUACAAUUGUGAAACCUUCCACUCGCAUUCUUUCAACAAUGUAUUAUGCAAGGGAACCUGGAAAAAUUAACCACUUGCGAUAUGACACCCUAGCUCAGAUGUUGACUUUAGGAAACAUCCGUGCUGGCAACAAGAUGAUUGUAAUGGAAACAUGUGCAGGCCUUGUGCUGGGUGCGGUGAUGGAAAGGAUGGGAGGCUAUGGAUCCAUUAUUCAGAUGUAUCCAGGAGGGGGACCUGUUAGAGCUGCUACCAGUUGUUUUGGAUUUCCAAAGCUUUUUUUUGAUAAUCUUCAUGAAUUUCCUCUCAGCAAAGUGGAUAGUCUCCUCUCUGGGACAUUCUCUACAGAGACUCUGCCUUCAGAACCUGAGGAUAACAUGCUAGUGGAAGAAGAGAGCAAUGGAUUGACUGAUGAGAAGCAGACUUCCCUACAGGAAGCAGAAGAGGAAUCUACUACUGAAGCAGCUAUGGAGAUCAACCAAACAGAAGAGCAGGAAACAACAGACAUUAAUGCGGAAGAUGUAGAAUUUAAAGAGAACAAAGAAAAAGAAAAUGUUCGGGAAAAGCAAAGAAAACAAUGGGAGAGAAGGAAGAAGCUAAUAGAAACUGCUGCUUUGUUGAGAGAGAAGAAUGCUGAUGGGUGA